UGCUGCAAUGGAUUUUUUGCUUCAAUGGAAUGUAGGAGGACUUCUAUCCCAUUUGUCUGAAUUUAAACAGUAUAUACAAAAGGAAGCUCCUCUUCUAGCGGCGAUUCAGGAAACUCAUUUUAAAAGCACAGAUCAUUACAAUUACAAUGUGGCUGGAUAUACUUUGUACAGACAGGACAUAAAUCUAGCAAAUAGACAGGGUGGCGUAGCUCUUUAUGUAGCAAACUCAGUGUCACAACGGAAAACAAACAUAGCUUCCCCGCUAAAUGUUGUAGCAGCUACUGUUUCACUACUAAACCGCGAGUUGUUGGUUGUUUCAGUGUAUUUGCCGCCAAAUGCAACUGUUGUAAACCAGCAAAAUCUGAAUGACCUUCUAGAGCAAAUGCCAGAAAAUUGCCUUCUGCUCGGCGAUUUCAAUGGUCAUAGUCCACUAUGGGGCAGCCGACACUUAUCGCCGAGAGGCAGGAUAAUUGAAGCUGCACUAAACCGCCAGUCCCUUGUAGCUAUGAACGACGGCAACCCAACGUUUGUCAGUAGUAGCUACCACACAACCUCUGCAAUUGACUUGUCAAUUUCUUCCCCGAGGAUCGCACCGCUCUUUAGAUGGACCGUAACAUCGGAUCCGCUGUUUUCAGACCAUUAUCCAAUUCACAUCAUGCUUACCAGUGCAACCACGCUGUCACCAGCACCGACACUGAAGGUAUGGCAAACAAAUAACGCGGAUUGGUCGGGCUUUAACGCAAAGGUCAACAGACAUGCUCCCUACGGCCUGUCUCAGACCAUUUCCAAUUUUAUGGGGGCUAUGAAGAAAUCGGCCAGUGAAACGCUAAAAGAAAAAACUAUUAAGAUUGGAACUGCAAAUGAAUCUAAAAAUCUUGUCUGGUGGAACUGGAAAUGCCAAAGAGCCAAAGCAAUAAGAAAAAGAGCCUUCAGAAACUUCCAGAGAUGCAUAUGUCCCAGACAUGCCCAACUGUAUACCGCUGCCCGUAAAGAAUGUGCGGAAACUAUAUACAAAGAAAAGAAGGCGGCAUGGCAAAACUAUGCCGCUAAAUGUAAUCGUUUUACCCCGCUCAGCGAACUCUGGAGUCAUGUUCGUGCUUUCGCCUCACGACGAACUAAUUUAGGUGCCUUUCCGCAAUUGCUUUCAAACAAUAUAUUCGUAACUGACCCAGUUACCGUCACAAAUAUAUUUGCCCAACACUUUGCCAACACAUCGUCUACAGAUAUUUACUCCUUGAGCGUGCAUCGAGCUCUCGUUAAUAGAACAGUAAAUCUUGAUUUUUCUUCUGCAAACUCUGAACCAUACAAUGCUCCUUUUACCCUAAGAGAACUUAAACUAUCCCUAGCAAAGGCAAGCACUAAAACUUCGGUAGGACCAGACUCCAUUCCAUAUUCUUUUUUCACAAAAUUGAACGAACUUAACCUUUCCACACUACUGAUAGCAUUCAACAAACUAUGGACUGAGGACAACUUCCCGGAUGAAUGGCUUAAAAGUAUAAUCAUACCUAUCCUCAAACCCGGCAAAGACCAGCACGACGCAAAUUCGUAUCGCCCAAUCUCACUAACCAAUUGUGUCUCCAAGAUUUUCGAAAGAAUGGUAAACAGGCGCCUGCGAUUUUACCUUGAGAGCAACCAUUGCAUUGAUAUAUGUCAAAGCGGUUUUCAGAAAAAUCGUAGUACGGCAGACAAUAUCAUUCGCCUUAUCUCGGACAUCCAGGUAAACUGGGAACAUAGGCGACCGACUGUUGCUAUUUUCCUAGAUCUAAUGUCAGCCUUCAACAAGGUACACAGUUCGACGAUAAUUUAUAAGCUGCACUCAAUCGGAAUCAGAGGCCAUUUGGCUGCGUUUCUUCAAAAUUUCCUAAAACCCCGAACUUUCAAAGUUCGUUGCCAAGCGACACUUUCUGACGACUUUGUAAUGGAACAUGGCGUCCCUCAAGGCAGCGUGCUGUCACCUACGCUGUUCUUGAUUGCCCUGAACGAUAUGCUCCUACUCCUGCCACGUGUUCUAACAUUUUCUGUCCGCUAUUCGCUUUUUGCUGAUGAUAUAGCAAUAUGGGUAUCCCACAAAAACUACAAACAGGCUUAUUCUAUAUUGCAAACAGUGGUUGAUCACUGCGUUAAAUGGUGCACAAAAUGGGGAUUCUUUUUGUCAGCACCAAAAUCAGUCAUGAUGGUCUUCAAACGUGGACCCCGUCCAUCGCUUGAAAGAUCCCCACACAUCGAUGGGAUUAAAAUACCUUUUUCCACGUCACACAAAUUUCUAGGGAUCAUUUUGGAUACUAAUCUAACCUUCCGUCAACACGUUGAGCACCUAAGAGCACGUUGUAUUAAACGAAUCAAUGUCCUAAGAUGCAUAUGUGGGUUUUCUUGGGGUGCGGACAGGAAAACAUUGCAAAUGUUGUAUAUUGGGCUAAUCAGAUCUACGAUUGAGUACAAUUGUUAUCUGUUUAGCACACUGUCGCCCAGUUUAUGCAAACGUCUAGAAGCCGUUCAAUCAACGUGCUUGAGACUUCUAACUGGGGCUUUUCGCACAUCGCCAGUUCUUGCGCUUCGUGCAGAUACCGGCAUUCCAGCACUUGAUGACCGACGCGUCUUUCUUUUCCUCCGCUAUUACUACAGAGCAAAAAGUGUUCGAAAUCACAUUGCGGUACCAGCAAUGGAGGCGAGGAAACCAAGAACCCGACGCCCACUGCGUAGAUCGUGCUUUCUACCCGGGUGCCUUGAGCAAGCUCAUCAACUGCUAAACAUUAGGCGCACUGAAGUUACUCUAAAUCCUCCUAUGAUUCCAUUUUGGCUCCUCAAAGACCUAUCCAUUGAAUUUCUUUUUGAUUAUAAGAAGACCAGUAUACCUCCGGUGGAAGCUCAAAUGCUCUUCCAGGAGUAUGUAGAGCUCAACUGCGACUCUGCUUUUUUCUUCACAGAUGGCUCAUGUCACGAAAAUCAGAUAGGUUCAGCAGCCGUCGGCCCUGGGCUUAGGUUUGGGACCCGGCUUCAAGAAUUUACGACAGUCUUUAGUGCCGAAGUUCACGCAAUCGAAAAAGUUAUGGAGCACAUCAAGGCAGAAAAGAUUGAUCGGGCAACCAUCUGUACUGAUUCGAAAUCCGCUCUUCAAGCACUGGAAAGGACCGAUAAUGUUACCCACCACGGUAUCUACAAUAUUCUCAGGAUCACAUCAGAUCUCAAUGAGGGCCAGCAUGUGACCCUUCUUUGGGUUCCAGGUCAUUACGGUAUUGCAGGAAAUGAACGUGCGGAUGUCCUCGCAAAGGAGGCUGCAAUGCGACCUGAUCCAGUUGUGGAACCUAUGGCCCAAGGGGACGCUAUUCAUAUGAUAAAAAUCAAAUUCGCCGAGUACCUUCAACGCAAAUGGGACCAACAUCAUGCUGCACAUAUGUAUGCGAUCAAACGAGAACUUAGAACAUGGGUCACAUGUAACCAACCAGACAGGAUACGCGAGGUGACCCUGGCCAGAUUGAGGUGUGGUCAUACUCGCCUCACCCAUGGCCACCUUUUUGAUAGGACGGGCCCUCCGAUUUGCCACACCUGCGACACACGCAUCUCCGUAGAGCACAUUUUGAUCGCAUGCACGGCAUUGCAUCACGAACGAAGACACAUCACUAACUAUCUUGCGGUACAACACCUUAAAAACGACCUCCCGACGCUUCUCGGGGACGACACAACAUUGACAAACCUGGUACUUGAUUUCGUCCUAACAUCACCCUACUCAGAGCUACUUUAACGGCCUUGACUGUUAGCAGGCGCCCGUUUCGCUACCACCAGGCUGACUUGUGAUACGGGAUGGGUCGGGUUUUUCGCUGGUGCCGAAACACAGAGCUUCGGUGGCAGACGGGUUUUCUCCUGCCGCUGGAGCAGGCUUAGAGGCUCAGCGGCCCAGCGAGCUACACCAGCGGACCCCGGCCGCUGAACAGCGGCGGCGGCCGGGUUGAACGACCACAGACAACCGUCGGCCGCCAACUGCAGCAGCGACAGAUUCCCCAUCCUCCAAACCAUUCCUUUCAUCGUGACGCUUAAACAUUCACAAACCCCAUCCCUCCCAGCGACAUAUCCCCCACUCUUCAAACCAUUCCUGUCAUCAAACUCUCGUAACCUUACCAUUCACAAACUUCCUCCUUCCCUCCCUUCACAAACAUCAAUUUACCGGGUUCAUCCUGCCUUGAGGGUGGUCUGUCAUGUCGUUCGGCAGUGGUAUGGAGCAAUCACUGCAGAGUGCCGAGUCUCUGGACAGGGCGUCACCCGAGUUAUGGCCGGAAAAGGGAGACUAUGCCGCUUGUGCCGAGCUGCUGUGUCAGGACAGCAACAGCAACGGUGCCAGCGGUGCUCGUCCGACAGCAGCCAUCUCGCCCGUCCUCAUCACAGACCAGGAUUUCACACAACAGGACAUGAAGCUCUUCCACGAGUACGCCAGCCUGAGGCCGGAGCAGCUGGUGGACGUGGUGAAGCAGUUGCAGAACGUCGCCUAUCUGCUGGGCCUGGAGGAAGCCAAGGAGAUGCGGCGCGGCAAGUACCUCAACAUCCUGGUCCGGAAGCGACAGCCCUGACCUGUGACAGCGCGACGGAAAAACACGUAAUGUGAGUUUGGCUGGUGAAUGAUCCGUUACGUGAGUUAUUUUUACGAUGUGUUGAAUGAUAUGGCAUACAAGACGUCCAUCGACGAUAGUAUGGACCACUUGCUUGUUGACCAAUGACCACUCUGUCGUGCAAAGACAAAAUCGAUUACGUUAGGUCAGAGGUCAUUGCGUCAGGCGAAAGGUCACGCGAACGUAAUCGUUUUUCCCUUUACACGGCGGCACUUCAUUCUCAGUGGGUGCGUGCCUGCCAGUGCGUGUUGUAAAACAACACUGACGUUAGUAUUCAUCUCAUUUUGAGAUAUAUUUGUAACAUUUUCCGGCCGAGACCACCUGAGGUCACAGCCGUACCAUUUUUCCUGCGUGUGUGAUGGAUGGCUGGCUAGUUGUCAGGUUACCCGUGGGUGACUGACUGAACGACGUGUCUCCCUGGAUAUUCAGGCCCCUUUGUUCGUAUCACCGGUUGUGGGUUGGAAAUGACGUCAUAUACUCGCAUGUAAUAAUAUCAUAGAUGCACACCUCUGCUUUUUGUACGAGCUUUCGGAUAUUUUCCGUACUCCCUCAUUAACCCGUUGUCGCGUAUCGGACAUGUUUCUCGUUCCGGAGGCAUAAUAAAUCACAUACACUUCAGC